UCCCGGGUGUUUGGCACCCUACUGGUGCCUUGCUUAAACCUCAAAGCAUGUGGCACCCCGUGGCAUCACCUGCAACUGGAGGGAGUCCCGGGAGGGAGUCGGGUUAUGGCCACUACUCCUCAGGGCCAAUGAGCACGGCCCACACCCACCCCCCUCCGAUGGGUGGCAUGGUGGGCCACCCCUCGGUCAUCAGCACCUCCAGGCCCCUGCCGUCCCCCAUGUCCACCUUGGGCUCGCCCAUGAACGGCCUGGCCUCGCCCUACUCUGUCAUCACCUCAUCUCUGGGCUCGCCCUCCGUAUCGCUGCCCUCCACGCCCAGCAUGAACUUUGGAGCCCUCAACAGUCCACAGAUGAACUCAAUGAAUAGUGUUAGCAGCUCGGAGGACAUCAAGCCUCCACCGGGCCUACAGAAUCUGGGAAACAUCAACUACCAGUGCACCAGCCCCGGGGGAAUGUCAAAGCACAUCUGCGCCAUUUGCGGGGAUCGCUCCUCAGGGAAGCACUAUGGUGUGUACAGCUGCGAGGGCUGCAAAGGCUUCUUCAAGAGGACCAUCCGUAAAGAUCUUACCUACACGUGUCGAGACAGCAAGGAGUGCCUGAUUGACAAGCGCCAGCGCAACCGCUGCCAAUACUGCCGCUACCAGAAGUGCCUGGCCAUGGGCAUGAAGAGAGAAGCGGUACAGGAAGAGAGGCAGCGUGGGAAGGAGCGGGGGGAGAACGAGGUGGAAUCUACCAGCAAUUUCAAUGAGGAGAUGCCUGUGGACAAGAUCCUGGACGCUGAACUGGCUGUGGAGCCCAAAACAGAGACGUACACCGACGGCAGCCCAGGCAACUCAACCAACGACCCCGUCACUAAUAUAUGCCAAGCAGCAGACAAGCAACUUUUCACCCUGGUGGAGUGGGCCAAGAGGAUCCCCCACUUCUCUGAACUCCCCUUAGAUGACCAGGUCAUCUUAUUACGAGCAGGCUGGAACGAGCUGCUCAUCGCCUCCUUCUCGCAUCGAUCAGUCACAGUAAAAGAUGGCAUUCUUUUGGCCACAGGCCUCCACGUCCACAGAAGCAGCGCCCACAGUGCUGGAGUUGGCUCCAUCUUUGAUAGAGUCCUAACAGAGCUGGUAUCUAAAAUGAAAGACAUGCAGAUGGAUAAGACAGAGCUGGGCUGCCUGCGAGCCAUCGUCCUCUUCAACCCCGAUGCCAAGGGUCUAUCAAACCCACCAGAGGUUGAGGGGCUGAGGGAAAAGGUCUAUGCCUCGUUGGAGUCGUACACCAAACAGAAAUACCCAGACCAACCUGGCAGGUUUGCCAAGUUGCUGCUUCGCCUGCCCGCCCUGCGCUCCAUCGGCCUCAAGUGUCUGGAGCAUCUGUUCUUCUUCAAGCUGAUUGGGGACACGCCCAUCGACACCUUCUUGAUGGAGAUGCUGGAGGCGCCGCAUCAAAUCACAUGACACCAGUCCCCUCCUCUCUCUGUAUAUACUUCCACAAUGUCAGUGAUAUGAAGAAAAAGACUUGAUUCAAGUUGUAAAACAGCAUAUUUUGUACCAAGCACAAAUGAUUAUUAAAACUGAACAAAAAAAGAAAAAGGAUUUAGGGGUUGUGGGAAGGGUGUAGUCAUUGGAGGGCGGAUGGAGCUGAUGUACACUGUCAAAAUGAAUUCUAAUAGAAUUGUUAACAGAUUUCUUUUGUAAAUAGAAAUUUCAGGUAUCCAUUUUAAAAGCAACCCAAUGCAAUAUGAAAUAAAUCAUAUUUUAUUCAAAGAGGAAUUGUUGAAAAAAGAAAAACAGAAAA